AUGGCCCUCACCCAACUGGCGCACUCGGCGUCAGCAAUCCUCCCACUUGUGCUGCCCUCCAUUGCAGCCAUUCUCGCCUUCGCCAUCUUCCAGCGCUACUUCGCGCCGAAUCCGCUGUCCAACCUCCCGAUCGUCGGCGAAGAGUACCAUGGGUACGAGAAAAAGAGGCAGGCGUAUCUAACCAAAGCAAAGGAUCUUUAUCUUGAGGGAUAUACCAAGGUUUGUCUCACCCUCGAAUGUGGAUGUACUGGCAAGAGAUGA